UUAAUGUAUGUUAAUAGAUGUCCUCUGCAUGCGUUGUAUCUUCUUCUCUUCCUAUGUUUCUCCCCAUUGGGAUCCAGCGUUCAGGAGUCCUAAAUCUCGUCCUGCUGAAAUCCAGAAUCUAAUCAUUCCUUCCCUUCCCACUCCCCAAGAUCAAGCGGCUUUUCUAAGGCUGGCUGCCCACCCUUCAGCUUAUUCGCCAUGGCUCCAAAUCUGUCACUCGCCACUGGAAGCCUAUGAACAUUAUGCGGCAGAAGUUGUUGGCGGUGACAGAAUACAUACCACCAAAGCCUUUGAUCCCAGAGAAGUGCAUCAAACCCCGUGAAAGAGUUGUUGAGGAAAAUGGCUACGUGAAGUUGUUGCGGCGACAUGCGAAACAAGCAUUCCUUGAGAGUAAAAUGAUUGCUGUGUGCCAAUACAACUCUGUUCCUGGAAAUGAUAUGGUACUCAUGAAGCAUCGUCUGCGGAAGUAUAACAUCCAUGUCAAAUUCUUCCCCAACGAGAUCUUGAAACCCUUUCUUUUGGAAUCCAAAUAUAAAAAUCUCCUCCCUCUCUUUGUGGGGCGCAACAUUCUACUGAUGAGUCCAGAAGCAAGGGCACAGGAAAUGCUGCGAAUCCUGAGGAGUAUGCCACAGAUUAAUCUCCUAGGAGCUUGCGUUGACAAUGUCAUCUUAAGCAAACAAGGUUUCACAAACUAUGCCAAGCUGCCGUCCAUGGUGGCUGCCCAAGGGGGUGUAGUGGGUGCACUCUCUCUCAUGACAUCCCAGACUAGCACACUUCUGCAACGUGGCCCUGUUCACUUGACUUCCUUGCUGGAACAGUAUGUUAAACAGCAGAGUUGUGAAGCAGUUGAAGCAAAGAACACAGGGAUGCCGGACAAGUUGGAAGCACUUUGAGAAAUGUUCUUCAAUGCCUCUUCAUUGCUUCAGACAUGAAUUGCCAUCUGUUUGUUGCUUGUUAAUAGCUUGGGUGGGUGUAGCUUAGUUGGGUGGGCUAAGUAAGUUCUUUAUAUCAAGAGACUUAGGAAAUGAGGAACAGAUUACAAAUGAGAGAUGCUAGAGUACAGAUUUCCACCUGGAUAUCAAGGCAAUACUUGAUUCACAUCUUCAUUGAUGUAGCAAGCAUGGAAGCAACCCAGGAAAUUGAGCAGCCCAAUGGAAGUUUAUUAUUGAUCAAAACAGACUUUGCAGGCUGGUAAAUAGAGAAGCAAAGUAUUAAAUGUGGUAUAGUGCUCAUCUCUGUGGUAUAGCCUCCUAAAGAAUUAUGUCACAUGCUUACCAUUGUAAUAUUAAAUAUUUUUUAAAGAUCCUA